AUGGUCUAUCGCAUAUAUGAUAUCAAGUCGGAGACGGCAAGCGGCCGCAACACACCUCCUGAGCGACCAGCCCAGGCCUACCACGUCAGCGAACCUCCAUACGAGGGCUAUCAUGCUGUCGAGCAGAGCGCAUACCGCAACAGCGCUCCCGACAGCGCCAUAGUCAUCGACAAUGGCUCGUACAACAUCCGCGCCGGAUGGCAAUCCGAUCGCACACCACGCCUCUCCCUGCCGCCGCUCAUGGCUCGAUACACGGAUCGCAAGCUGAAUCGCAAGCUCAACUUCAUCGGCUCCGAGAUCUAUUUCGACGGUACUGCUCGAGGUCAGGCCAAGAACUUAUAUGAGCCUGGAAGCAACAUCAUCAACAACUGGGACGUCUUGGAGGGUGCUCUGGACUAUCUCUUCAUCAAAUUAGGCAUUGACGGCUCUAAGGGACACGUCGACCGUCCCGUGGUCAUGACUGAGCCCUUGGCCAACCUGCAGUACUCUAAGCGUACCAUGUCCGAGAUCCUCUUCGAGCUGUACGGCGUUCCCGCUGCUGCAUACGGCAUCGACUCUCUCUUCUCCUACGCAUACAACGGCGGUCGCACUGGUCUUGUUGUAUCGUCCGCAUACACCUCAACUCACCUUGUCCCCGUCGUCGACUCGAAGCCGCUCUUUGCUCAAGCUACGCGCUUGGAUUGGGGUCGCUCGCAAUGCGCCGAAUACCUCAACAAGCUCCUACGCGCCAAGUACCCUGCAUUACCCGGAAAGAUCAAUGACACUCAGAUUGAAGAUUUGGUCCGCCAACACUGCUACGUUUCUCAGGACUACAAUGGCGAAAUGGCCAGAUAUCUCGAUUGGACUGGUCUGGAGGAUCGCGACGUAGUUAUUCAGCUGCCAUUUACUGAGAAAGAGGUUGUCCAAAAGACUGAAGAAGAACUUGCAAGAGCUGCUGAGAAACGCAAAGAGAGUGGUCGAAGACUACAAGAGCAGGCUGCUAAGAUGCGUCUCGAGAAGCUUAUUCGCAAGGAACAAGAGCUCGAGUACUACAAGGAUCUCCAACAAAAGCUUGCAACUGCUACCAAGAAGGACGCACGCACAAUGCUAGAGGCUGAGGACUUCAACGACGAAUCGCACUUGGAGCGAAAGAUCAAGGACAUGGAACGCUCGAUUCGAAAACAGAGAAACAAGGAUGUCGGCGAUAUUGACGAGCCCGAGGAAGUUCCAACUUAUCCAUUGCUUGACAUCCCAGACGAGGAGCUUGAUGAGGAGGGACUGAAACAAAAGCGUCAGCAACGCUUGAUGAAGUCUAAUCACGAUGCUCGUGCUCGCGCAAAGGCAGAAAAAGAACGCGAGAAGGCUAGAGUAGCUGAAGAGGAGCGUUUGGACAAUGAGCGCCGAGAGAACGACACCGAGGGUUGGCUACAAGAGAGGAGAGUUGCUCGACAGAACAUGAUUCAGCGCAUCAAGGAGCGUGAUCGUCUUAAGGCUGACCUCGGCAACCGCAAGUCACUCGCGAGUCAGAUUCGCAUGAAGAACAUUGCCAAUUUGGCAUCUGACAACCCCAAGAAGCGUCGCCGGGGUGGAGACGAUGACACCUUCGGCGCUGACGAUGCCGACUGGGGAAUAUAUCGUCAAAUUGCCACUGGCGAUCAAAGCGACGAUGAAGAGGAAGAAGACCUCGGUGCCAAUCUCAAGAACAUUGAAGCCCAGCUUCUAAAGUAUGAUCCCACGUUCACAGAGCAGAGCACGCAGGAGGCACAACAAGACUGGACUAAGAGUGUACUUCACUCUUUCCUGCGCGGUCCUUGGCCUUUUGACCCAGAGAGCCAAAGAGAGCUCAAUCAGAUACACCUCAAUGUCGAGCGCAUCCGUGUGCCCGAAGUCAUCUUCCAACCCGGUAUCGCAGGCAUUGACCAAGCAGGUAUUGUCGAGAUCGCCGAGGACAUCAUCACACAGCGUCUGUCCGGCUCUUCGAGGCGUGACGAAAUGCUCAAGGAUAUAUUCCUGACUGGAGGUUACACACACUUCCAAGGUUUCGAGGAGCGACUCCGCAACGAAUUGCGUGCUGUGUUGCCUGCGGACAUUUCUCUGGGCGUGCGCAAAGCCAAGGAUCCUGUUCUGGACGCCUGGAAAGGUGCUGCUCAGUGGGCCGCUAGUCCUACGUCCAGACAGUCGUUCGUGUCACGAGCGGAAUAUCACGAAAAGGGAGCAGACUACAUCAAGGAGCACAACUUGGGAAAUGCAGCCUUUUGA